AUGAACUUUUCAUUGACAGAACGCUUAAUAGAAUUAAAUAAUGCACUUGAAAAAUCUCUUAUAUCUGAUGAUGAAUUUAAAAUGAUAAGAGCUAGUUCAACCAGUACAACUGAUACUAAUGUUGCUGCUGCUGCUUCAUCAUCAUUUUCAAUUAGCACUACUACAUUACAACCAAUAAAUACAAAUCAAAACUCUAGAUCUAUCGUCAAUGAUAUUAGUUCAGAUAGUCUUAAUCAACCAGUACCUGAAUUUCCACCGCCACCAUACACACCACCAGAAUCAUCACAAACCAGAUAUCGUAGACCUUCAACCAAUUUCUUUAUAAAACCAAAAACAAGCCAAGAACUACGCAAAGAAAUACAGAAACUACGCGAAGACCGUAAGAAAGAACAAGAAACUUGGAAAGCUGAAGAAAGAAGACUGAAAAUAAAAGUGGGUGCAAAACCAGAAGAUAUUGAUCGUGUGAAAAGAAAAUUGAAUGAAAGUACUGAAAAAUAUAAUAAGAAAAUUGAAAUUGUUCAACAAAAAUUGAAUAAAUUGCUUGAUCAACAAACUACCAAUGGUAAUGGCAAUGGCAAUAGUGGUAGUAGUAGUAAUAGCGGGAGAGACAAUGUUAGAAGAUUCACUAUCAGUAGUUAG